ACAUCAGAACCGAAGCAGUGAAUCCUGAGCCGCGAGCGUCCACCAACAACACAACACAGCUUAACUUUUCCUUCUUCCCGUUAGUCACUCUUGCACCAUGAGAGCUUCCCGCCGUUAGUGGAGAGACGAGAGGUCGCGGCCAUUCCCCACCACCAUGAAUUUCGACCGGACAGACAUCGUGUUCGUGGUGGAGAAGAGUGUGUCCAUGAAGACCUACCUGGCGGAGUUGCUGGAGUCGUAUAUCACACCUAUCAUCUCACUGUUUGGUGGAGGUCUCUCUGAAGAGUCUGAUGUAAUCUUUACACAAAGUAGCAUGGUCCAGUAUGCCUCUGUGUUCUAUGGCACAGAGCUCUCCCUUAUGGGGGGAUGGGGGCAGGUGGAAUGCUUUGGCCCCACCUGCUCCGAGACAGAGAUUCUGAACUCCAUCAGGAAUGCACGCUACACUGGCAGAAACCUGACACGACAGGCAUUUAUCAUGGAUGGACUUCAAGCUGCCCUCAACAUGUUUGAAGCCAUGAAGCAACGCACUCCAGCAGGGGAAAAUGUACAGAGGUGCUGCAUCCUGGUCACUCAGAGCAUAUCCAUGAGCAACCCCUGGUCCCCCACCAGCCUGGAGAAAGUCAUCCUGGAUAUCAAACGAAAUAAGAUCCAGCUGUCAGUAGUGUCAGCUCACAAGUUGGUAGAGCUGUACUGCUUGUUUAAUGCUGCUGGGGGAGACCACCAGUCCACCCUCAACAAGAACUAUGCCAGCAAACCCCAACACCUGGUACUCCUGCAGGGCUUCAGUCUGCAGGAGCGAGCAGUGAGCCCAUCCCUGAUACCGUACUGCCAGACCACACCUGUUGCCACGCCCCCUGCAGCCCCCCAAGCCCACAUGGCCCCAAGUGUCAAUGUGCCCACACAGGCUGGUCCUGGACCCUCCCCAAAUCCCCUUGGUCCUGGAGCCACCACCCCCUCACCAGGACCUGUCGUCACUGUGGGCUCUCCAGCUCCUCCCCAGCCACCUCAUGUAUGUGUUGGCAAGAUGGUUCGUCCAGGUGCAGUGAACCCCAUGGUGGUGAACCCCUCACAGACCUGUGGCCCUCAAGGUAUGCCUGUUGUGCGGUCCAUCAUGCCUCGGAUGAUCAAUCCACCAAGACCACGUUGGCCUACAGACAACGUUACUGGCAGCACCAACACCCCACCAAUGAACACUUGGAUAGCCCCCAAUCCCCGGCCACAAGUCAUCUCCUCCAUGAUGUUGAACCAACAGCCACAGCCACCAGUUCCUACGGAUGGCAUGGGACCCAAACCUCAGCAGCAACAGCCCACAUCUAUGCCAAAUGUUGAUGGCAGUAUGAUCAACACCAACAUCCAAGGCCAAAAUCCUCAGCAGGCCCAAAUGUCGGUGGGACCCACAGGCGUCAACCCCACCAUGAACCCCCCCACCCAGCGCUCUGUGGUGUGGCAGGGCACGCUGGAGUGGCAGGAGAAGAAGCCCGACAACAACAGUAGAGUAGUGCAUCAGGUGACCUGCAAGAUGACUUCAAUGGUGGUCGAUGGAGAGCCUGAAGUGAAGGCUGAUCACUGGGCCACCACACUGAUAAUGCAGAUGAUCCCCAAGCACAUCCUGGGCUCCAUCGGUAACACCUUCUUCAGGAAUGUCAAGACGGUCAUGUUCCUCCCUGACCAGAGUCACGCCCUUGAGAUCCUCACUAAUUUUCUCUUCCGUGGCAUGGCUGGGUGUGUCCAUGUGUCCCAUCCAUCACCACAUCCGUCACCACACCAGCAAAGUGAUGUCAAGGUGAUCAUCCUCCUUUACUCCAGUGAGAAGAAAGCAUAUGUCGGCUUUGUCCCCAUCGACCAAUUAUCCUUCGUCAACAAAAUCAAGAGCGUCAUUCAAAAUGCCCGCAAGUCCCAGACUACAAACAUGAUGGCACCUGGCACUGGCCCUACCACUUCUCACAUGGGGGUGCCAGGAAAUGCAGGACUUCAGCAAUUGCCGUCUACUGCUGCAGGUUCAGGGAUGAAUGUGAUCCCCACCCAGAGCAUGAUCAUCCACAACAAUCCUCAACUGACUCAGGCCCUCAGUCAGCCCCUCAAUCAAGGUGGCACCAAUUUACUUGGAACAAACCAGAUGUCCCAGAUACCUGGAAGUGGUGUGACUCAGGGUCCUGGAGUCAAUGUGCAGAUGGCUCCUGGCCAGUCAGUCCUGGCCACCCAACUCACCACACGACCACCUCUUAAUUUACAACAACAACCACAGCAGCAGCAGCAACAACAGCAACAACAGCAGCAGCAGCAGCAGCAACAGCAGCAGCAACAGCAGCAGCAGCAACAACAGCAAACAGAGAUGUUGCAAAUGAGACAAAAUCCACAGCAGCAGCCACAGCAACAGCAGCAUCAUACAUUACGGCAGCAAGUGCACCAACAGAGGCCCAGCCUGACCAUGAGCCUGGGUCAGCAGGGUCCAGGGGGCACAGCUGCCCUGGGGCAGCCACGCAUGAUGCAACCCAUGCAGGGCACUGGCCUUAAGCAACUGCUGCAGCAGCAGCAGCAACAUGUGAGGCUCCAGCACCAACAACAGCAAGUACAACAACAGCAGCAGCAACAGCAGCACAUUAUUAUGAUGCAGCAACAAGGAAUGCGACCACAGAUGACAGGCCAGGGUCAGCAGGUGAUGGGUCAGGCCAUUGGGCAGCAGACACUGGCCCAGCAAGCCUUGGGUCAGCAGAACAUCAACCAGCAGGGCAUGGGGCAGACACUUCAAGAUGGACCAGACUAUAUUGGGGACUUGUUGUAAAAAAAAGGUACUUACAAAUGUGCAUAUUUAUUUUUUUACAAAUUGUGUAUUCCAGUAGGAGGUGCUCAUUAAAUUGUGCAAUACAUCCUCUGGCCAUGACCCCUCUCAUCCGUGCCUCAUGCAUCUCCCUGCCAGCUGAGGAAAGUGCAACAUUCCUUAUGUCACGGUGUGCAAGAUUGUUUUAUCAUACAGUGUGGAACGCUUUCCACAUUGCAGCGCACCACACCACCCACGCUGCAGCAUGCCAUGUUUUCAUUCCAGUGUUGUGGUGGACUUGGAAAGCAGAGAUGCAGUGGCACAUUAUUUCAGUAUUAGUGAUCUACGUUGAGUUUUCCCCUGUAUUGCUUAUACACUACUGCACAGUCAUCAUGGUUUGUAUACACUUGCUGAUAUGUGUACAGCUGUGCACAUAUGGCAUUUAUACUUUACCAGAUAGAGCCAAAUAAAUCAAUGUUGCCACCACACCUAUAAUUCUUAAUCUCAUCUCAUUGGAAUAAGAUUGAUUUAUAUUAAUUUCAUAUCUUGUUUAUUUAUUUAUUUAUUUUUUUUAUCUCUUCAUAAUGUAAUUAAUUUGUAAAAAUUUUAAUGCUUCAUGUUUUCUGUUUCUUUAUGGUACGGCUGUUGUAGAAAGCUCCUAUGGAGAUGGCUGAAAGACAAGCCUCUUUAUUGUAUCUCUCUCCUUGCAUAUUCUAAUCCUCUCAUACUUCUUACAUCUAACUUUCUCAUACUCCAGAACUAUAUCUUUCUUCAUACAGAAGGUCAUCUCUUCUACUUACCACAACUAUCAUACUCAUUUAUAUGCUCUUAGUCAUUGUCUGUCAUUUUUUCAUGUGUGCAGAUCACCUUAGGAUUCUGCAGGAUCCUCUUUAUUCACUCCAUAUUUCAUUCCUUCAUCUUUACUUGACACAUCAAUUAGUUAUAUACACCUCACCCCUGCUGUACAAUGCCCUGCUAUACACAUCAGUGAGUUAUAUACACCUCAUCCCUGCUAUACAUAUCAAUGAGUUAUAUCCACCUCACCCCUGCUGUACACAUCAUUGAGUUAUAUAUACCUCACCCCUGCUGUACAAUGCCAUGCUACACAAUAUUUCGCUCAUAUGGUUGCCUUGGCUUGCUAUGUGAUGCUUUACGCUCACUGUCAUGAUUGUCGAUUGCAGCACCGCCAGCCAGAGACCCCAUGCUGUCGCCUCAGUCCUUUCCACACUCUCACACCGUUCAUCAAGUCUGCUCAAGUGACUGUGCUCUGUCUACUCUUAUUUACUGUGCCAAGCCUUACCUAAGUGUGCAGCCAUGUCUACAUCAUCUUGUGCUAGUGAAAAGGCCCAAAAGUCUUCCCCUCAAAAAAAAAAAAUUGUACAUGAAACUGAAGAUCACCAGCCAUAGGGAGGGCAGUGAGGGAGUGAAUUCCAUGGCCCAGACUCUUUGUUUGCCACAGUUCUUUUUAAUUUUUUUUGCAUGUUUUAUUGCUUCAUUUAUUUACAUAAUAUGAUUUAAAUAGCUUAUUAUAAUAGGAUAUAUAUAUAUAUAUAUAUAUAUAUAUAUAUAUAUAUAUAUAUAUAUAUAUAUAUAUAUAUAUAUAUAUAUAUAUAUAUAUAUAUAUAUAUAUAUGCAUUACAACAAAAAUUAAUCAGAGAGCAAAAGUAUUAACUAUAGGAAAGCAUAUUGUUUUUUCCCAAUUAAUGUUAAGCUUGCCUAUACUGUGGUGGAUUGUUUUACAGUUGUGUUUUCAGAAACAACCCAGUAUUGUCAAGUGGGGUGAGGUGUACUUUCAUUACUUUUACCAUUCAUUCUUCACACACCAGAGGCACUUCUCAAGUAACUUCAUUUCUUGUAUUACAUUUAUGGGUGCCAAAAGUAUAAAGGAUUUUUGUGCACUUUGCCACUACUGCCUUGGAUUAAUUUCUCCCCUGAACCUGAAGGACAUUGUGUGUAUUACAAUAAAGAAGGAAAAACACAUCAGAAGAGUGGUCCAUUGUUAUAGUAGUCAUGUUAUUAAAUGCAAGUGUAAAAUGUGGCUUUCACUGUAUGAAAAUAGAAAGCACUGCAUUCAUUUAUGUAAUAUAUUUGAUUUUGAGCAAGCAUGUGCUCAUGAUUAACUUAAGUACAUGUUUUUUGUUAUGUGAUUGUUUCUACCAGUGGUUUCUGUUUGUCUAUAUCUUUUCUUUGGUACAAAUAAUUUGUUUGUAUGACUUACAUAAAAAACAAAUUAAA